AGGGCGCGCGCACGGGAGGUUUCGGGGGUUGUGCUCGCUCUUGCUCUCUCUGCUCUCUGACCCCAGUGGCAGCUCCGACUCACUGCACUCCGGCUCCCCCUCCGUCAGACCAAGGCUGCUCUCUCUCUUUCCUGUUGUCUGUCAGUGUCUCUCGCACUCCUCGCCGACUCUACUCCCCUUCGCUCUCUUGUCUGGGUUCUUUCCACGGGAGCCAGCCGAGGUCCCGCCGGGUCGAAGGUUCUGCCCUAUCCACUCAGACUGCCGCAACCCCUGGACGGCCGCUAGGAACCUACCCACUCUCCUGCUGCUGCCGCAUGGACCCGCGUCCCUCCGCCGCAACUGCUGCUGCUGCUGCCGCGUAGAGGGCGACCCCGACCCGACACUCUUUCUCCGGCCAGAUAAAAAACGCACAAAAAACCCACCCGACAAAGGAGGUCUGGUAUAAAAGCCCACAGUGGCCACUUUACUAUCAGUCAGGGAGGUCAGGCAGGAGGGAAGCUCAGGGUUGCAAGGAGACACACAGCGAAGCCCGAUUGCAGUGUGUCGUGGUGAAGUUGGUCGGCCGGGUCGCUGCUGCUGCUGCUGCUGCUGCUGCUGGGAGAAGGAUGACCGCUGCACGGCUCGCUGCUGAAUCCCGGUGAACAAACGGCGUCUCAUGUCCAAACGGCGGAAGGAUGGCUCAUGGCAAAGUGACCAUCACGGUGGACGAGUACAGCUCCAACCCCACACAGGCCUUCACACAUUACAACAUCAACCAGAGCCGAUUCCAACCUCCACAUGUCCACAUGGUGGACCCCAUUCCUUAUGACACUCCCAAGCCAACAGGACACACCAGGUUUGUGUGUGUGUCCGACACACACUCGCGUACAGACGGUAUCCAGAUGCCAUACGGCGACGUGCUGCUGCACAUGGGUGACUUCACCGAGCUGGGCCUGCCCUCCGAGGUUAAGAAGUUCAACGACUGGCUAGGUGGCCUCCCGUAUGAGUUUAAGGUGGUGAUUGCUGGGAACCACGAGCUGACCUUUGAUAAGGACUUUAUGGCCGAGCUGGUCAAGCAGGAUUACUACCGAUUCCCCUCAGUGUCCAAACUCAAACCAGAAGACUUUGACAAUGUCCAGACGCUCCUCACAAACUGUGUGUACCUGCAGGACUCGGACAUCACCAUAAAGGGAUUCCGGAUAUAUGGUGCGCCAUGGACUCCGUGGUUUAACGGCUGGGGGUUCAACCUGCCUCGGGGUCAGUCUCUGCUGGAUAAAUGGAACCUCGUCCCUGAAGGCAUCGACAUCCUGAUGACCCACGGACCUCCGCUCGGAUUCCGAGACUGGGUCCCUAAGGAGCUGCAGCGGGUCGGCUGCGUGGAGCUGCUCAACACGGUCCAGAAGAGGGUGCGACCCAAACUUCAUGCCUUUGGAGGCAUACACGAAGGCUACGGGAUCAUGACCGACGGCUUCACGACGUUCAUCAACGCGUCUACCUGCACCGUCAGCUUCCAGCCCACCAACCCCCCCAUCGUGUUCGACCUGCCCAACCCCUCCAGCUCCUGAGACCAGAGGACAGGGGCGGGGAGGGUCCCGGGCUUUCUAUAAAUAUGCGGGCUUUCUAUAAAUAUGUCAAGUAAAAAAAAGAAGGAAAAAAAAAAUUCUAAUUGUUUCUUUGCAUACUUUUGAUCCUCUCCAAGCUGUUGUUGAGAUUGAGACGAUAGGGGGGGAGUUUGUCCGGGAUAGUUAAAGGAGAAUACCGAUGUUUUAUUGUUUGUCUAAUUGUGCCAACGGUGCUGGUUUCCCUCGUAGAUUUGAGUUUUUCUACACACAAUUACCUUUAACUGCAGAUAUUGGGACUUGUUUCUUUCAAGAAGAACCAGAGUUUUUUUCAAAACAACAAAAAACAACCUCCACAAAGGCAGAUGAUCCAUGAAGAAGCUUUGUCCUGAUUUAACAUGCAGAGCAUUUUCCUACCAUCACAACUCAAUGUUACAUUCUGCUUUCUGACUGGAAACACAGGAAACGUCAUCCAGAUAAAUGUCCCUCGAACGUAUGUUGCUGUUGGGCGGAGCACCAGAAUGAAGUUAUUUUCAAUUUAACAAGCUGAUUUUCAGAGGAUCACAAAUCAAGUUUUUUUCAGAGUAAUAGGUAUACUUAGUGUUAUUUCUUAGUAUUGUUUAGUGCUCCUGACAUAAGCUGUUAAAUAUUUUCUUUUGUGCGAUCACAAAAAAUGCAAUUAAAUCACCACAAGGAAAUAAAAUACGAGGAACAUUUACACUCCUGUCCUCCUCAGCCAGUACCAUCAUAUUGGCAUGUGUUUGUUGAUUUGGAAAGUUUUUAUAAAAAAAAAAAAGAAAAAAGAAAAAAAUUGUUAAAAAGUAUGCAAUGCGAAAUGAAUUUGGGGGGAUUUAACUGAGCUAUGAGUGACACCGGUAUUCUCCUUUUUCAGAGGGAUUUUGUGGUUAAACAAUCUUGCUCUUGAUAAAUAUUGGUCAGAUCUGUAAGAUAAAUGACGCUUUGUGAAUUUGUACAAUUUCUUUGUUUGGUUUGCAUUGGCAGGACAAUGGAUGCCAUGUUUCAUGUUGUAUCAUCUGAUAUUUUGUGCUUUUUUUUUCCAUUUUUUUGGUUUUGUAUUCUCGUCAGUUUCUCUUUUUUUAUUGGCUGACAGGGACGCUGCCUUAAACUAGCUUUAAUGUUCUCAGCUAGAGCCCCACUCUCUGCAAGCUCAGAGGAAAGUCCUUAUUUAUUAUCCCGCAAAACAACACCUGACUAACAAAAGGACAGAAUGCAUCACAUUACAGCCCGGGAAUUUACUUUGGAAUAUCCCAUUUCUUAUCUAAUUUGGAAAAUGUAUGUAUAUAUAUAUAUAUAUAAACAUCUGUACUAAAAGUUGUGUUUGACGGAAAAAAAUAAUGUGGUGCAUUUUUUUUGUAUGCACCUGUAUAAUUGACAUGUUUCUUUAAUGCUCCCAUCAGACGCUCUUCAGACUUUUCUUUAAUGUUUUUGUACCGACUCUCCCGGUAAGGUAGGCAUUCAUUUCCGAUGAGAGAGGAAGAGUUGUCAGAGUCCCAAUCCAACAGGUGCUGGUUGUUCCCAACAACACACCUGCCUAAACCUGGAAAAGUUGUCCUUUUUAAAGUGUAAAUUUGAUAGUAUUUGUGUUUUUAUUGCUUUUUUUUCUAAUGUUGCACUGUGUGUAAAUGCAAUCUUGCUAGCACAAAAAAAAAUGUUGCCAAUAGUUGUCUCAACUUUGCCGCUGUAAAUGCUCUUUCCGUGCUCUGUUUCCUCUCUCGCUCUUUCUCUGAUUGUAUCCCUCUUCAUGGAAAUGUUAGUUCUCUCUUUCAGUUCAUUGUGAUAUAUUUAGCUGCCUUUAUAUGCAAAUAAAAUUGCAAGAUUUUUACUUAUCAA